AUGGCCGACCAAAUAUCUCCGGAACGUUCAAUGGACGAGAAGCACCCUUACACCUCGGGUUCUGAGCCUGCUCAUGCUCCUGGCCUCACCACCGAGGACUACGAGGGCAAGCCCACCGAGGAGGAGCGCAAGACUCUCCGCCGUAUCCCUGGUUCUCUGCCCACCGUUGCUUACUUGAUCUGUAUCGUCGAGUUCUGCGAGCGCGCUUCUUACUAUGGAUGUCAGCCCUUGUUCAGCAACUUCGUCAACCGUCCUAUGCCUGUUGGCGGUAACGGAUAUGGUGCACCCGCAGAAGGUACCCAGCAGACUGCUGGUGCCCUCGGUAUGGGUACUGUCAAGGCCAACGCGGUUUCUCAGUCAUUCUCCCUGCUGUGUUACGCCCUUCCCUUGAUCUUCGGUUACCUCGCCGACGCAAAGACCGGCCGUUUCAACCUCAUUUGCUGGGGUGUUCUGCUUUUCGGUGUUGCUCACGUUCUCCUCGUUGGUGCUUCCGCUCCCGGUCUCCUCGCUACCGGUGCCGCCAAGACACCCUUCUUCAUCUCCGUCUACCUGCUUGCCGUUGGUUCUGGUAAGUUUACUCCUAUUGGUUCUGGAAAAAGCAUCGUAUUAACGUGUCUUGCAGGUAUCUUCAAGCCCAAUGUUUCUCCUCUCCUCCUCGAUCAGAUGCCUGAGACCGUGCCCGUGGUCAUCACCACCAAGAAGGGCGAGAAAGUCAUUGUUGACCCUGAGGCUUCAACCGAGCGCGCCAUGCUCUGGUUCUAUCUUCUGAUCAACAUUGGUGGUUUCAUGGGUGUUGCCACUGCUUACUGCGAGAAGUACAUCGGCUGGUGGUUGGCGUUCCUCAUCCCUCUUAUCCUCUACAUUCCCCUUCCUCUUCUUCUCUGGUACCUUCGUAAGCGCCUCGUCCUCCACCCUCCUGGCGGUUCGGAUCUUCCCAACGUUUUCAAGGUUCUCAGCAUCUGCUUCCGCGCCGGAGGUCUUAAGAGAAUUGGUCGCCACGGAUUUUGGGAGCCUGCCAAGCCUUCAGUCAUCGCCGCCAGAGGCACUGGUUACUCAACCUCCUGGGAUGAUCAGUUCGUCGAGGACGUCCGCCGUACUUUCCAGGCCACUGGUAUUUUCUGUUUCUUCCCCAUUCAGUACCUCAACGACAACGGUAUCGGUUCCGCCGCUUCUUACCUGACCACUAUGCUCACUACCAACGGUGUCCCCAACGAUGUCAUCAGCAACUUCAACUCUCUGUCCAUUAUCUUGAUGGCUCCCGUUUUAAACUACGGUCUCUACCCUCUGCUUCGCCACUACCGCAUCUCGUACGGUCCCGUUGCACGCAUGACCACCGGUCUUGCUCUUUCCACCCUUGGUGGUGUCGGUUACACUGUUCUCAACGCAUACGCCUACAAGCUUGGCCCUUGCGGCAAGUUCGGUUCCAGCGAGACUUGCGUUGACGCUGACGGUAUCUCCCUCGUCGCCCCCAUCACCAUCUGGUGGGUCGCCAUCCCCUACGCCAUCGGUGGUAUUUCUGAGCUGUUCAUCAACGUCCCCGCCUACGGUAUUGCCUACUCCCGCGCUCCCCCCAAUAUGCGUGGUCUCGUCUCCGCCAUCAACCUCUUCUCCACCGCCAUCGCUUACCUCAUCGGUCUUGCCUGCUCGGCCGUCAUCAGAGACCCCUACCUCACCUGGGACUUUGGUGGUUGCGCCAUUGCCGGUGGUAUCCUCACCGUCGUCUUCUGGUUCCUCUUCAAGCACAUUGAUGACGAGGAGUACACCCUCUCCCAGCGCGACGACCACCACGUCACCCAGCAGGGCCACGACCCUACCAGGGAUGGCCACAACUCGCACAACCCUGUCAUUGGCACCGACCCUGACCAGGUUCUCGAGUACGAGAAGAAGGGCGAGAAGGUUCCUACCGCUUACUAA